UCUUGUCAAUACUUACAGAUCAGUAGAUUUAAAAAAUAUAAUUGCACGUUUGCGAGAUUUUUGAAGUCUUUUGCCUGAUUUUGAAAGGAACAAGAAACAAUUAUCUAGUGUAUUUUGGAGAAUUUGAAGAAACACUUCUUAGAAGACACGGGUGGAAAGUAUGAGGUCAUUUGGCCUGACGAGAUGUAGGAGCGUUCUAGCUUAUGCUGUAGUUUUAGUUGUUUGCAUUCCAAGACUUCGUGCCUCUCAACCUGGAAGUGGAAAAUACAGAAUAGACUUUCCGGAAGAGCAAGAGCCUGGAACGGUGGUAGCAAAAUUGGCUGAACUGUUCAGUGUCAGAGCAGCAGAACUAACUGGAAGAACUUUUGAAAUACUUGGACAAAGAAUGAUAGCCGGACAUAAAGAAAUUGCAUCCGAUGGAAAAUGGCUGAAAAUCAAUCGACAAACGGGAGUUAUAACUGUUAAUCAACCAGUAGAUCGAGAAACUGAAUGUGGAAAUGACCCGGAACUAGAAUGCGUCAUACUGCUUCAGACUGCAAUGAUGCCCCAAGCCCACUUUCGGCUACAGGAUUUUGAGCUGGUUGUAACUGACGUCAAUGACCACGCCCCUAAAUUUCCAAAAACUGGGGGCGAUCGCAUUUUCUCUCUCAACAUAAGCGAAGAUACACCUGAACUAACUAAAAUCAGCUUGGAUCAAUAUUUGGCGAGCGACGAAGAUAUAAAUGAAAAUGCGAUGAUACAUUAUUCUAUAUCACGAAACGAUCAUUUUGGACUGAAUCAAUACAAGGACGAUACUGGAGCAGCUCACUUGGAACUGGUCAUCGUAUCGAGUCUAGAUUAUGAAGACACGACCACCUUCGACUUGACUUUGACAGCAAAAGAUAGGGGAUCUCCUGCUCCAAGAUCGAGUCAAGUUUUUCUUCGAAUCAACGUACUUGAUGCAAAUGAUAAUUACCCGAAGUUUGACGAAUCGGUCUAUAACUUGGAGCUUAGGGAGAACCUUCCAGCUGGUCACGUUAUAACCACAGUCGUUGCUCGCGAUGCUGAUUCUGGUCGCUUUGGAAAAGUUCGCUACUUCAUCCCUAAAGCAGGAAAUUCUGUUACUGUACAAAAUCUCAUCACAGUGGAACCAGAAACAGGAGCAGUAAAAUUGCUUCAACCAUUAGACAGAGAAGUUAGAAAAAAUCUUCGAAUUGUGAUUGGUGCAAGAGAUCAGGCGACAAAAGAAGACGGAGGAAGCAAAACUGGAAAAACUGUUUUGAUGAUUCAAAUAGUGGAUGUUAAUGAUAAUCCACCAAGAAUUCACGUUAACAUCAUUUUAAAAGGAGAAGACAAAGCAGCUUAUGUACCAGAAGACGCACAACUUGGGACAUAUGUAGCACAUGUUAGUGCAACCGACGCUGACAGUGGAGAAAGCGGACGAGUAACCUUGAAGUUAACAACAGAAAUUGACCGAUCUACCCAUUCUGGCUUAGCCGGAUUACAAGCCGCUGGUUCCCGCCAAAUAUCUCGAAAACCACCAGGAUCUUUUGUUAGCGACAACUUUAUUCUGAAGUCGGGCAACUUAAUCGCAACGAAUGCGAGGAUGGAUAGAGAGACACAAGAUCGAUACACCAUCAAAAUUACAGCUUGUGACAACGGAAAUCCAAAAAAAUGCUCAGAGAAAAACGUGUCAGUUGUUAUAUUGGAUGCAAACGAUCACAAGCCGCAGUUCAGAUCAAGUCAGAAAUCCUUCACCCUCUCUGAAAAUACUCAAAUUGGAAGUUAUAUCACCACAGUGACUGCGUACGACGAAGACUCAUUAAAUACACCAGCUCUGAUAAAAACCAAGGAUGGAAAGUUCGCCGAUUCCAGAAACGGCCAAGUUCGCUAUUCUCUUACUGGAGGCGGAGCAGUUUUUGCCAUCGACUCAAAAUCUGGGAAACUGACCUUAGUUGGAAGGCUUGACUACGAAAUGAAGAGACUUUGGAGGCUCAUUGUGACCGCUCAAGACAUGGGCGAACCGCCACACAAGACCAACCUUACUCUCCUUGUGAAAGUGACUGAUGUCAACGACCAUAAACCUGAAUUUACAAACCCAGGAGUUGAAAACAUGACAGCAUAUGCAACAAUUUUGGAGGAUCACCCUAUCAUAAGAAUCAAGACUAUCGACCGCGACGCAGGGAAUAACGCCAAAGUUUGGUAUUCUAUUGCAUUAGAAGAUGGCGCCAAACCGCCAUUUAAAUUUUUGAUCGAUCCUGUGACAGGGAGUUUAAGGUUGAAUUCAAGCAAUAAGCUUACAGAACUCCUGGGAGAACAUACUCUUGUAAUUAAGGCACGAGACAAGGGAAAUCCUCCACAAGAAGCGCAGACACGAUUGAUUAUAAAAGUUACUGAUGUUCCUCUUGCAUCUAUCAUACCUAACUAUGCUGAUUCAGACGAAGCGAGAGAGUCGAGUAAAAUUACCGUAAUCGUUCUUGCGACUUUGGCAUCAGCCACCGUCAUACUUCUUCUUGUUUUGGCUUGUAUUGUCAUCAAAUGCAGAAAAGAAAAUAAGGAAAUUCGUACUUAUAACUGCCGUGCUGCUGAAACAAAGUCCGGACGCGCUGUUAACUGUGCAAGCAAAAGUAGCAUGUCACAAAUUGGCAGUGUUGAUGAGGUAGUGGUAGUGUCAACCCCAGGAGUAACCACAACAAAAGACAUUCACUUCGGCCGAGCAAUGGAAAUCAACCGAAGCAGAUCUAUGACACUCGCAAAUGGAAAAUUGGAGAAAAAUACUUCCACGGAUACAAAAUAUGCAACAACUGAAAGAGGAGGACCAACAUUCAGUACAUUUUCAUAUUCUAAAAAGAACGGCGUAAAUCAACUCCAACCUGUUACAACAACACACACCGAUAGAGACAGCGGAAAGGGGGAAAGUGAUAAAGACAGCGAUAGUUACGGUGGAGAAAAGGAUAUUCAAGGAACACAAACUCCAUCUGAAAGUAACUUACAAUACUGCAGUGGGUAUCUGAAUGAAUUGGGACCAAGAUGUACCAUCUCGUGUAGAAAAUAUGGUCAUUCAGAUGAAUGUUGGAUGCCUGUUGUAGCACAUUGUGAUAUCCAUGGGGAACAUGACAGUUUCAUAUACAGUGAUGCCGGAAGCGAAACUAGCGAUAAUACUGCACUCUCAAAUCACAAUUAUGCAGAUCAACAGCAAUUCGUUCCAACUACAAAUUCGUUGCCUGGAAGAUACGGGGCUGGUAAUUUCGACAAUUGUGGUUUAGAGACCAUUAGUGAAACUCAGCCACUUCGUAUAGUUUUGGACACAGGGGAUCAAUCAUCCAUGUAUUCUUGCGAAUCUUACAAUCAACAUGAAUAUCCAACAUAUGGACAGUCUUAUCCAACAGCACAAUACUCGAAACAACAAAUGUAUUCUCCCUCAUAUUAUCAAAGUCAGAACUCACAGAAUCAUUACUUUCCGGAAGAAGGUGACUGGCGCGAUAUGUAUCGUUCACAACAACAAACUACAAAUGACAUCCCUACGACUCAAUCACAAACAAGACCCGUCUUAUCACGCCCUUACCUUCCGCCCUCUAACAAUUUACCUAGAUCCCAUCAUUCCAACAACGGUUCGUCAUCAUCCAUUUCAAGCAGUUCCUGUGUACCUUGCGAAAUGCCCGAAAUGUACCGAGUUGCGCCUGCUCGACCCCUAUCUGUAUGUGAAAAUAAUGGAGAUGCUUCGACCGGUAGCGUUAUGGAAAAAGUCAAGCGAUUUUCUCAAGCCCCAGUGCGCAGGAAUUCACUUCGAGAUCAUGUUAUCCACACCCGCUUUCUGAAUAGUAGCAUGACUGAAGACGUGUCUGACUCUAGAGCAGAAGAAACAGCUUUACUUCGCGAUGUCAAAAAUAGUAGCUUUCACAAUCCAGAAGCAAAAUCGAAAUCUUUUAAUGGCGAAGUUUCACUUGAAGAAACACAGAAAAUAAUAUCCGACAUUGAUAAUUUGAUUUCAUCUUAACACAAGAUUAGUUAGAUUUAAUUUCAUAUACUCGAUGAACAAGGGUGGUCUGGUCAUGCCAUAUUCGUGCUUCGAGCGUCUGAUUUUUUUAUGCCAUGGUCGGCAAUUUAUAAUGCGUUCAACGAAUGAGUUCCAGUCAUAAGUUAAGAAUAUGUCUUUCAUUUCUGCCUUUAUGCAUUAAGUUUGAUAACGCCUUUGUGUCAACUUAGUUUUAAAUUGAGUUUUUCUGCAAAAUUGUUUGACCAACAAUCAGUCACAAAAGUUCAAGAAUGACGUCUCCUACAACUUGACUUUAGAUGGGUAUUUGACUAUCGCAAGCCAAAUAAGUACGGAAUUAGACGUGCUUUUUAUUCUAUUCUUUCUUUUUGUUACUUUUCAUUUUUACAUAUUUUCUAUUUUCCACUGUAAUUUCAGUGAAAUGAAAAACGCUAACUAGUAUAUUUCAUGAGUCGAGUGAUUUAAAGUCUGUCUCAAUCUUCUGAAAAACUCAGUCAUCAAUGAUAUCCCAUAAAAAUAGAUCGAUUUGUCCGCCAAUGGGGAAAA